GUUCCAGAUACUCCCAAUUCCGCCUGGCAACAUAUUUCGAGUUCCGGAAAUUUCCAAUUCCGAUGUCUGACAAAUAUUCGGAGUUCCACCCAGCAACAGUUUCCAAGCAUAGGAUAUUUAACAUUGAUAUUUUGAGCUCCAGUUAUUUCCAAUUCCGCGGCCCCAUUUUUUUAGCGCAAAACACGCAGUUUUUCAAAAAGUCGAUCUUUUGAGUUUAAGUAUCGAUAGUGAAACUCAUAUCGAUCUUCGCCUAACCGUCAGAGAGUGUCGAUCUUUCUGAGAUCGAUCUCAGAGCUGAGAUCAGCUGGAAAGUGGAAAGGCCUCCGACAGACGACACAUUCAUACACAACAGAACUGAGCGUGAGCAGUCGCAGGAGCUGAUAACAAAUGACCUGACGAGAUGAUCUGAUCAUUGAGGUACAAUGCUGUUGACUCUCUACUAUGUUGCUGCUACUUGGUUGCAGUCAUGGAGACUGAACUCAAUCCGAACAAAAAUAUCUCAGAUUCAAGAGCACAAUGGAUCUGUUCUUCUCUACAAAGACUCAUCAUCAAAGUCAACAAACUCUGGAGGAGGAGCAUCCACCAGUAAGCUGGAUUCAGCUGACAAUAAAGAUGAGAGGCCUCUGCCGAAAAGUAGCAGCGAAUUGCCAAUACGAGGUGUCAUCGAGAGCAAGUUCAUUCCGGAAGGCAAGUCGCAGGUCGGAGAUUUGCUGUGGUUCGCCUCUGCCAAAUUCUGCAUCUCCUUGUUUCCAAUUAUGUUAAAGUUUGCUUAUGGCACUGUUUAACGCAGCCUGUAGUGGAUAUUUCGGAAUGGAUUAGUGUGCCUGGAGGUAGGACGACGUUUCCGAUACCACUCAAAAACAGCUUGCAGACUCCGCUGUCAGCUUCGACUAGAUUUCAUCUACUUUUCGAAGCCGAGUUCUGUGCCUUCGAAAGGCAGACCUACUCUUUUCAUGUGGAAGAAUUCGGCGCAGCUAAGGCGUGGCAUGCUGGCGAUUCGUUCUCCUUACUGAUUGAAACUGACGAGGAUCAUCUCGCUCGGUUGAUGGCUGGAUUCAUGCUCAACACAAUACACAUCUCAAGUGGCCUGGAAAUCGUUCGCAUCCAAUCUGUGGAAGUAACAGGAACACCAUGUUUCUUUUUGAAUACCGACUGGGAGAAUCUUCCAAAUUCGGCGACAAAAAAACUUGGAAUAUCACGUCGCUGGAUGACAGCUCCUCAGUGGCAUUCACAUGUGAUGGUACUACGCAACUUCAGCCAAGCAGCGGUCAAGGCUGUCAAAACGCAGGAUCCUGUUUCUAUUGAAGGACAAAGGGGUUCAGUGCUGGUUCGAGGCCCAUCACCAAUUGCCGUGACGUCACCGUUGAGCCAUGACUGUGAGCAGCUGGUGCUGCACCCGGAGAAAGUGUCGUCACUGAUGAGCUGUGAAGACGUGUGCCCUCCUUCGCCGUCUGUCAGCAUGUCGGUGCAGCACGGCUCCAACUCAGUCGACCCCUCCUCGGCGUCUGUGUCCAGCUUCGGCUCAAUCACCCGACUCAGCAACGACACACUGGUGGCUGCUUCCCCAUUAAGAAAAAGUCUGAUGGAUGGGAGAAGUGGUUCGGUGACCUCAAUAGGAUCAAUGAGUACAGCGUCAGUGUGCUCGAACAUACAGCAGCGGGUGGUGAUACCUCAUCAAAAGACCUCAUCCGAAAGUCCACCAAAUGUCUUCAUCUUUUCUGAGAGCUCAGUCUCUGUUGAAAGCGUCAAAAUGACACUCUCUUCCAUUCUACACAAACAAAGAUACACGGUAUACCCACUGAAUCUAACUCAAAUGCUGACGACACCGUGGCAGAACCAAGCGAGCCUGGUAGUGGUGUCAGGCAGUGUUCCGGCCAGCCUGGUUCCGCGCCUGGUGUCCUUCGUGCUGAAGGGCAAGGGCCGCCUGCUCUGCCUCUGCUCUGACCUGCUUGGCACAUUCCUGCCCCCCUUCAGAACCGCCGAGGUCCGCCCUGACGAGCUCGUCACUUUCUCCUACUCCACCUGGAAGCAUGUCAGCCUCAUGCAUCACAUAUUCUGCUACCAGCCUUCGCCCACCCCGGCCAAAUUCUCUCAGGAUGAGCAGAGUAUACGGAGCGGUAUCCCAAACAGUGUUGAAAUUCAAGAUACGGAUAAAAGGCAACACACAUUAGACGUGAAGGUGUUGGGUGCAGAAGAGACAUGGCAGACUCCCAGCCUCAUUCUGGCCACAUCAGAUAACGGCGGCAAAAUCAUUUUCUCUCAAGUGCAUCUAGAAGUAGAUCCCAUGCAAUAUGAAAAUGACGAAUCCAAACAUAAAGCAUUACGCAGCAGUGAUAAGGCACGCGUUGAGAUACUGAUUGAUCUGCUGUCUACUCACCUGGGAUUGAAGUGCGGAAAACAGGGACCCGAUCCCAAAUACACCCCAGCUUAUUUCUUGGGAACACAUGAGUUGAAACUGGAGUUUAUGGAGUCUUUGAAAGGGAGUAUGGACGACAGCAAUACAUUAAAACUGACAGAGAUAAUGGUGAAAUUUUGUGGGAAAGGCGUUUCACCUCCAGAGGCUUCAUCAACAUUCAUGCCUGUUAUGAUGUACGCCUGUCCUGAUUCAUUCUCAACUGUAAUUUAUUUUGAGAAUUUGAACACGAAAAAACUCGGUCGAUUAGUGAUUUAUUCGAAGGUUAUGGCUUCGGCAGCAUUGUUAUUGGAUGGGAGGAAAUUGGCUCAUGGAUUAGCUGUUAUCCCGUACACACAGACGAAAGGCAUCAGCAAUUGCUGGCUGAGCCCCGACGGCUGUGCCACAUUCUCCAUUCAACUACACAUUCCAAUCGAUUCAGUUUUGGGACAGAACCUGACACUCCUCCAGCACCUUGUGACUGUUGCAACAGUGUCCUCAAUCUGUUCCAUUCCAGGACUAGAGAAUCUUGACGUGUGUCUGAAAUGGCCGAACGACAUUUACGCCGGCAAAUUGCUGAAAAUUGGAGGCUCAACUCUACGUUGCAUCGUCCACAAUCGUGUGGGCAUCUGCAACGUGAGUCUUGGUCUGAAUCUGUCCAACAAGGAGCCUACCACCUGUAUAAACGACAUGAUCACCGAAUUGAAUAAGAAGACCGGCUCGAGUAUUGCGUCAUUGUCGCAUGAGAAGUUUUUUGCCAUCGUUUUCACCGAACUGGAACGAAUUGUCGACUUGGUCCAGAAUGGGCAAAUUGAAGAUGUCAUAUCACUCUACUAUAAAUACUGGCUGCACAGUAAUGCAGAAGCAACAGUGAUAGGUGCUGAUGGGUCUUCAAAGACUGUUCAAAUAGUGGGAAUCGACUACUUGGGCGCUCUGCGGGUGCACGACCAAUUGAACGACGAGUACGCGCUCCAUCCCGACGAGAACUCGUUCGACAUGCAGUCAGCAAUCAUCGCUCCCAAAGUCUGAUCAAGCAGAUUUCAAUAGUUGCAGCCAACAUAGUUAUAAUUAUUGGUUUUAUCAACCUUGUUAUUGAAUUUGUUACUAAGUAUCCUAAUUGAAUAAUAUUGUUAAACUACAUAAUUAGAUAAUGAUGUAGUCGGCUAGGGACUUUCUGUCCAACGUCAGAUCUAUGUAAUUUUAAUAAUUGAGCCUAAAUAUUUGUGUAUUCGCUGUAUAGUUAGCCACUAGAACCUCGAUGAGUUGAACAUUGGGCUCGAUCUAAACUUCGUGCAAGACAUUGCACCAGUUAAUCGAAAUUAGUUAAGUUGUAUAUAUUUUGUGGUAUCUUCUUCAUAAUGUCUCAUUUUGGUAAGCAUAUCAAUUUGAGUAUAUUCUGUAACUAUUUUCAAUUUAACAUAUUAUUUAUGUUGAAAAUAGAGUUAUUCAUGGGAUGUCACGUUCGUUUUUUCCUUGUGUGGAGAUAAUCAUCUUUUGUUUAAUUUCAUAGCCACAAAGGAUGAAAUUUCAAUCCUUCAAGAUCCAUUGAGAAGGUGUCUCCAGAACUCAGUCCUAUUCAAAAAAGAAAUUACUCCACCACUCAUGUAUUCCCUAGAAUUUCUUCCGUAUUUCUAUAUUGUAAUACCAGAAAUCGAAUUCCCACAUAAUAUCAAUUAUUUCAAUUCAUCGAGGUACUUAAACGAACCAGACUUUGUCUGUUCUUGUGUCUUAAAUGUGAAACUGUUCUGCUAUAAGUGUAAAUUCAUUCAGCUACUAGUGUGAAUUACUUUAUGAUACCUUAGUGCUUGCUCUUGAGGUGUUCAAUUUCAUGAAUAUUUAUACCGUAGAUGUGCAGGGCAAGCUUGUUGGGUUGUAUCAUUAGAAUUUAAAAAAAUAUUUUCAGAGCUUUGCGGUUCAAUUUUUAUAAAUAUAGCCUAAUAACAUUCGAGUGAAACGAAAAUAAUAGUUUUGUGGUUAUUCAGAUAAACUAUUUACUUCUAUUUGUAUUAUUUAUUUUGCCCUUAAAUUAUACCUAUAAUCGUAUAUUGGCUAUAGCCAUUAUUAAUAUAAUAUUACCGAACGUUCAACAGUGUGAAGAUCCAUUAUUUUGAAUUAGUUGAGAAUAAAAUAAUUAUUCUUAUACAUCCGAAUAUCUAUAAUGAAUGUUGAAUUAUUACAUAUUAUGAAUUAUUAUACAUGUUAAUCAAAUCAAAUUCUCUGUGUGUUAGGGCUAAUUGAAAAGUAAAGUGUUUAGCAGUUAUUGUUAUUGAAAUCAAAUUUUUUAUUACUUUUUGAAAGUAGUAGGCCUACAUAGUAACUAGUAAACGAAUUCAUGAUUAAGAAUUGAUGAAAAGGAUUUGGCAAAGUCGAAAAAUCUUAAGAUUUUUUUCAACAGUCUAGAUUGUUUCCUUCCAUGGCAUUGUGUUCAAAUUAGGUACUCUUUCAAAAUAUUUCUUGCAUGUCAUUAUAUUAUGGUUUUUUUUUUAAAUUCUCCAUUAGCUAGGAAUAAUUAUUCUUGUAUAGAAGAUUUUAAACAUUAUCUACUUGUAUGAAUUGUUGAGUGUUACAGAUUGUUCCAAACAAUAUCUAAACUCACGUAAGAAGGGAACUAUACUGGGAUCAAUAUUUCAAUUGAAAAUUAGACAAGGAGUGCACCAGUAUUUA